AUGCAAGUACUGGCCCAUCUUCUUCAAAUGAGGCCAUUUCUGUCAGUCAUGCACGCCAAGGCCCAUUCAACUAAGUGUGAGAUUGUCUGGAGUGGUAGGAAUCAGGAGGGUGCUGGCGCAACUGCAGGGUAAGAGGUGGAAAUGGUGAACAGUUUCAUCUCUCGUUGUGCUCUCACAACGAAGUACAUGACCAAAUCUGCUCGCAAUGAAAUGCUGACUGUACAUGCAAUUGGGUGGAAUAGAUGCAAGCAUGAUGGCCUUCAUCUUGCAUUGUCCAACAGAUAUGUCAAGACUGUCCGAAAGGCUGAGGCUGAGUCCCAGAGGUUGGAGAAAUUGAGCCGUGAACUUGGGUGUCCUGAGAACAUGGUCCAGCAGUGGGUACAUGACGUCAGACAGUGGGCCACUGAUGAUUCUAUAGAUGUCAGACAGGAUGACCAACAUAUCCUUCAGCGGUCGAUAGAGCACAUAUGUCUGGGUGUCUAUCAAAAAAAAGCAAGCCUUUAUAAUCAGACAGACUGCAACAAGAUUCGACAAAUGCGGCGACGGAAAUUGGGGGACGAGAAAAGGAAACUCUUUGAAGCAAUCAAACGAUACAAUGAGCAGGUGCCAGAGGAGGAGGACAUAAAUGAGCAGAUGGUGGAGAGCCGACUCUCUAUGGUGGGCCAUGGCAGUGGGGAGGACAGUCUAAUAUGGCCAUGGGAGGUUCACAGCAUUGAAUCCACAAACAUCCUCACUAAGAAGAAGAUUUUCGAUGCAUACAUGUCAAAGAUGUGGCUGCAAGAAGAGAAGAUCCUAAUUCUUAGGGAGAUGAGACAGCACUGCACCUACCUCAGAGGGCUGGCUGAUGGCAUUAGGAAGCUGAUUGCAGAAAUGUCUGGAGGAAACCGUGGCAAGAACAUGGGGUUAACACUGAAGUGCCGUUUUUAUUAUUUAUUUAUUACUUAUUAUCUAUCUAUAUAUUUAUUUAUCUACUUGAACUUUGGUUGCUGCUUAGUCUAUGUAUUGUGGCCUGUGUAUUUGUUGUUUUGGUGCCCAAAUGCAAUAUGAUGUCAUUGACAGUGUUUCUGAAUGCUUGACUAAGUGUUGUCUUGUUGAUAUGACUGGUAGGCUAAAAUUAAAUUGCCCUACGGGGAUAAAUAAAGUUAACUGAAUUGAAUGUUCCAAUGCUGUUCAGAGAUGGAAAUGUAUGGCUGCUAUCUUAACUGGGUCAAGUUAAGGGUCUAAACGGGUAAGAAUUAAUGUGUUCCAUUAAUGUGUGCCUUUUUCAUUUUAUAUUUCCUCCUAGGCAGUUAAACUGACGAGGGGCAUUGUGGGCUACAGUGUCUUCUACAGGAAAGGCUUGCUGAUGUGGAGGAGAAGAUUCAAGUCGUUUCCUCAAGAUACAGCUUGGCUUUAGGACCUCUAUUCCCUGAAGACUGGUCCAAGGAGAUAC